CUCAAAAAAAAUGGCUAGUAUUCCUUGCACCAUAGAUAAUACUAGUUUCUUCCCAAGAAAAACUGUUGUUACUUAUCUUAAAGCCAUACCAAAUGUUGGUGAAGCUCUAUUUGGUCUUAAAAAUGGUACAAGUGGAAGGAUUACUUGCAAGGUUACAUACAAAGUGAAGCUUAUUUCACCAAAAGGACGUUUUGAAUUUAAUUGUCCUCAGGAUGUUAGCACUCUUGACCGAGCCGACGAAACGGGGCUUGAUCUUCCUUACACAUUUAGGGCUAAUGUUACCAUUCAGACUCACAAGGAGAAUGAGCUUGAGGGCUAAGUUCAAUGUUUAUUUGAUGAUUGAGCUUUUAGUUUUUAUGUAAUGACUUCUUUUGUUAUCACAAAAAUUGCUAUAUAUGUACCUUUUUUAAUAAGUCGAUGAUGAUUUGUACUAUGUAGGUAAAUGAAUAAUGAUGGAAGUAUUCAUUUUCAU